UGAGAUUCCCUACUUUUAUUGGAUAGUUUAGAAACGCCCAAUCCCGGUUUGAAAACACCUAUUACUGUUCCGCAGAGACCUAGACUUGGUUCAUCAUGGCAGCGAACAGUAGCAACAACACGAGCGGUAAAAGCGGCGGAAAGCAAUCCGCUCCCUCCGCCGAGCAGGUGGUGGCUAAUUUUCAGAGGAUGCGACAGGAGCAGCGCAGUAUGGCUUCCAAAGCUGCAGAGUUUGAGAUGGAGAUCAAUGAACACAGUCAGCUGGGGGCAGUAAGCACAGCUCCAGCUGUACAAACUGCACUUGCUGACAGCAGACAGCACAAGAUGAGGACGUGUUGGACAAAGCGCAACUCUGAAUGUAGAUUCAAACUAUGCCUCGUCAUUGACACACUAAAGGAAGUAGACCCCUCACGGAAGUGCUUUCGUUUAGUCGGGGGUGUGCUGGUGGAGAGGACCGUCAAAGAAGUUUUGCCUGCUUUAGAAAACAACAAAGAACAGAUUUCAAAGAUUGUGGAGUCGCUUAACACACAGAUGCAGGCUAAGGGGCGGGAACUGACGGAAUACCGUGAACGUUACAACAUCCGUUUAGUCGGAGAGGAUGACAAACAGGGCAAAGCGGAUGCCAGUCAAGCCAAAGAGAGUGAAGGAGGAGGGUCCAAAGGUGGCGCUGGAGUGCUCGUCUCGUAGUGGAUGUGUUCUUUAAUAACUAAUUAGAAAUUGUGCUUGUUGGCACUUUAAUACACAGGGGAGAGAUUGAGAGAUCAUUUUUCUUGUUUAGUCUUACAGAUGCCAUUUAUUAUACACAAAAGAGAGUGAAAGUCUUGUUUUCAGUAAAGUGAAACAAAAUUUCAUGCGCAUUUUGUAUACUCAUCAUUUGACAGCAGUUGAUCUUAGCAAAAUAAAUUUAAGAGUAUAAAGAGUCAGUUAGUUGCCUUUUGAUUCAGUUUAUUACAACUAACAGUCUAAAGAAAAAAGUUAAUGUCUUAAUUGAACUGCAUAAAUUCACCUGAACUUAACACAUUUGGCUCAGAAUCUGGAUGGGCUGGACUUUUUCAACUUCUGCUUUCGGGAAGAAAUUGUAUUUAGCUGUUGGUGCCGUUUUGACUGAAAUUACCAUGACGACCACUGACUGUCUGGUAACGCGGACCUCUGACCUCCAUCAUUGAUCACAUCAUGACUGUGUACCUCUGUGGACAAGGUUUGUUUUGUUUUUGUGGUUGUUUUGGUUAAAUAAUUAAAAAUACAAAACUGAGCAAGA